UAAUUUUUUUUAAUUAAAAGAGCAAACAAAAUAAGAGUUUUUAAAAGAUCCUUGAGUAAAAACUUGGUUAAAACCUAAAAACAAUAAGAAAAAAACUUGCUUUUAAGCAAAUAAUUAACUCUGUGUGUGAGUGAGCAGGAGUUUGUGUGAAUAAUUAAAAAAAGCCGGUCAUUGUCCUGCUCUCAUUUUGUAUUUCUUAUCUGUAGAAAAUUUUUCUGGUAUAUAGGAGAAAUUAAAAAAGACUUCGUUAACCAGUCUGACGAUUUGUACAAAAAAAAAAAGUCGGUAAAUUUUUUUGUUUUUGCAACUACCACCACCAACCAGACAGACUUCGGCUAAAAAUUUCUGUGUGUGUGCAGCUGCAACAACAACAAUAAGAACAUUAUAUUCAAACGACGUCGGCGACGACGACAAAACUUGUGCAGGAAAAGCGACUACCACUACAGCAACAACAACAACAUUACAGCAAGAAGAAAAAAUAUUCAACUCAGUCAGCCAGCGAGCGACGUGUUUGUCUCUACACCAAAAACCUUAAAAAUUUAAAAGAAAAAAAAAUAAAUUUUUUUUCCAAAAGUUUAUUGUUUUUGCAAUUUGAUUUGAACGCUUAAUUAAAGUACAUAAAUUCAUAUUUCUAAAAAAGCUAGAACGUUUCGAAUUAACAUGGUAACCAUGGAAAAUGCCGAAGAAGUUAUGCAAAUUUUGGAUCGUUUUACACGUCUCAAGCAAAAAGAAAUUCCCAAGGAAUUGGAUGAAUACUUGGGCUAUGUGGCCAAGACCGGUGACACGGUGUUCAAGUGGGCCUCUUUGAAGUAUUUGUUCCGUGAAAAGUUGCUUAAUGUUAUAAAAAAUUUUCACGACACCACUCCUCGUAUUGAUGAAAUCCCCCAAUAUCCCAAUGUUGACCCCUUCAACUAUGAGAGCAUGAAAUCAUCAUUGUUGGAACGUUUAGAACUUUUCAAUGCUGCCCCAUUUACCAUUCAACGUUUGUGUGAGCUCUUGAUUGAUCCACGCAAGCAAUAUAGUCGCAUUGAUAAGUUUAUGCGUGCCUUGGAAAAGAAUAUUCUCGUAGUCAGCACCGUUGAGCCCGGACGUAAAAGAACCGAAUCAGAAAAUGGUGAUUCCUUGGAUUCUGUGGUCAAUGGCGAUCUAUCCUUGGAUGUCAAUGUAGACAUCGAUAUGGAAGCUGAUGGUUUAUUUAAUAAUGCCGAGAAUACCAAUGGUAAUGGCACAGCCAGCAAAGCUGAAGUUGAAGCAGCUAAAGAGGUCGACAGCAAAACCGAGGAAAAAAGUGCAACUAAAAAUACUCAUGCCAAUGAUGAUGACAAUUUGCCAAAUCCUAAAAAGGCAAAAUUAGAUUUGCCCGAAGAAGACAAAGAAGAAAAGCAGAUGGAGGAGGAGGCCGUUAAGGAGGAAAAAGAAAGUAUUGAGAAACCGGUGGCAGAGCAGAAGGAAAAGUUGGAAGAGAAGAAGGUAACAGCAGAGGAAAAAGUAGAGAAGGAGGAUGAUAAGAAAAUGGAGUGUGAAGAAAAGGCUGAGGAAAAGAAAGAGGAAGAGCAGGUGGUUAAAGAAGAGGUAAAAGAGAAAAAAUGUUCAAAGGAAGAGCAAACAAAGAAGGAGGAGGAGAGCAAAGAAGAAAAGGAAAAAGAAAAAUUGGAGGAUGUGGAAAUGGAGGAAAAGGUAACAGAAGACAAGAAAGUAACAGAAGAAGUAAAAAAAGAAUGUAAUAAGGUCGAUAAUGAAAAGAAAGAAGAAGCGAAAAAAGAAGAGAAAGUUGAGGAGAAGAAAGUAGAGAAGGAGGAAGUGAAAGAAAAAACUGAAACCGAAAAGGAAAAGGAAGUAAAGGAAACUAAAGAAGAGCCCGCUAAAAAAGAAGUAGCUGAAGAAGCUAAACCUGUGGAAGCUGAAAAACAAAAAGAAGAGGAAGAAACCAUGGAAGUUGAUGGCAAAGCUAAGGAAGAAGAAACAAAUAAAACGGACGAUGAUAAGAAAGUAGAAGAACAAAAAGAGGAAGAAAGCUGCUCGGCCACGGUAGUAGAGAAACAGGAAUUGGAAAAGGGAGAAAAAGAAGAAAAGGAAACUGAAAAAGCCGAAACAGUAACAGAAAAAGAAAAGGAAAAAGAAACGAGCAAGGACAAGGUAGAAAAUCAAGCAGAAAGCGAUAAAGAAAACGAAGAACAAAAUGAAAACAAAAAGGAGGAAUUAAAAGAGAAACAAAAAGAAACAGAGGAUAAAAAAGAUGAAGCUAAACCAGACAUUCCACAAGAACAACCCGAAGAAACUAAAAAACAAAAAGAAGAGAAAACAGAAACUGAAGAAAAACAGACAGAACAAAAGGAAGAGCCAAAAGUAGAGAAAGAAGAAGUAAAGAAAGUAGAAAAGCCGGAGGAAACAAAGGCCAAAAAAACUGAAGAAAAAAUCUCAGCAGGAGAAGAAGAAACUAAAAAGACUGAAGAAGAAACCUUAAAGGAAACAACAAAAGCUGAUGAAAAAAAAGUAGAACUAAAAGAAGAAACUAAAACCGACAGUGAAAAAGAAACUAAAAAGGAAGAAAAACCCUUAGAAGAAGAAAAAGUAACAGAAGAGAAGGAAACAGUAAAAGAAGAAGAAACUAAAAAGGAAGAAAAUAAAGAAACAGAGAAAGUUAGCACUGCCACAACAGCUAAAGCUGCAGAAGAAACAGCAACAAAAGAAAAAGAAACGCCGUUGGUGGAAAAAGAAGAAUCAACAGCAAAAGCCAACGAAAAAGAAGCUGAAAGUUCUAGCACCCCAAUCACAACCACUGUAACGCCUCCUACUCUAGCUCUUAACGAUCAGCCCAUGGUAGAAGAUGUAGCCAUCGAAGAGGCCUCACCUAUUGUCGAAGAGGUCGUUAUGGCUGAGCCACCACCACCCCCUCCUAAUGCUAACGAUAACGCCAAGGAUGUUGAUACCCCCACUAAUGCCACUGCCAUGGCCACUGAUGACAACAACACCACCACUACCACCAGCACCAAUCCCAAAACCGAAGAAGAACCCUCUGGCAUGGAAGUCGACGAUACCAGUCAAGAAGCCAUGGAUCAGUAAAUAAUCUUCAUUCAUAUUUUUGAAUAUUAUUUUUCUCAUUAUAAAACCUACCCUAACAUUAAGCAAACAACAAUUAAACGCUUUAAGCGUUUUACUUGAUUCAAACAAAAAAAGAUUGAUGAUAAAAAUCCUUAAAAAAAAACAUUAAAAUUAAAAAAAAUCACACAAAAAAUUUAAAAAAAAAAAUAGAAAUUUUUAGGCAUAGACAAGAAUGCCCAACUUAAAUUUAUAUUAAAACUCUAAACAUUUCAAUAUUUAUAUUAUAAUUUAAAACAAAACAAACAAACCAACUUAAUUCUUAGAAACGACAAACAACAAAUAAAAUAAAUGACGAUAUUUUAUGGCUAAAAUUAACACAAAACAAAAGAAAUUAUUAUAAAAUAGAUGAAAAAAAAACAAACAAAAUAACUAAAACUAUUUUUAAUUUCCAGAAAAUAAUAACAUGACAAAUUUACUUCCAAUAUUUAAAUUUUUAUCCAACAAAAAAGAAAGUGAAGCAAAUUGUUUUAAUUUAUUUUCUGAUUUUUCUCUAAACAAAAGUGAUAUUGUUUUGGUAGUUAAAAAAAACACUUGAUUUCAUUCUAAUUAACAUCUUUUUUACCUAAAGGGAUCAAUUAUAUUAUAUUAAUGAUGAUGAAAAUGCCUAAAUAUUUGUAGUAAUUUUGAUAUUAAAACUCAUUUUUCCAUUAAGUAGUAGUGUGUUUUUUUAAAACUAAUUUCAAACAUUUCUCUGCUAAUUAAUACAUUUUAUCUUGUAGUAUUAUUUUAAUUUUAUAUCAUUAUUAUGAUUAUUUUAUGGCUCCUUUCUCUUUGUGUUUUUUUUUUUUAAUUAAUUACCCUGCAUUUUUGUAACUUAAAAUUUGAAAAUACAUAUUUAUAAAUAAAAUUAAAAUAGGAUUGAUUUAUUUAUUUGUUUGGAAGUUAUUACUAUUUGUUUUGAAAAUAUUACAAUUUUUGUGUUUGAAAUGAAUUUCAUUUUAUGUUUAGUUUUUUUUUUUAAAAACUUUGUGUUUCUUUUAAUUAAAUUAAAAACUAUUUUAUUUGUACGAAAACUUCAUUAAAACAAAAACUAUAUUCAAGUAAAUUGAUAUAAAGAAAAAUACAUGUAAUUGAUAUACGUAUUAAAAACAAACAAAAAUAAUA